AGUAAUCUUAAGUAGACGAAUAAACAUUUUUGAUUAAAUAUCGACUUUGUGUGUGCACAUAUGAAAUAGGAAAUGGCAAGGGAAAACUUGAUUCUCAUUUGUGCGUCUCUAAUCGUCGCACAGCUUGUCAUUGUUUCUACCGAUGAUAUAGAUUGGUCUACUAUGCAUGAUGAAUUAAGAAAAUUGGGCGCACCUAUACGAAAAAAAUGCGUCGCUGAAGUUGGCGUAGCGCUCGAAACGUUAGACAAGGUAGAAUUGGGCGAAUUUCCGACAGAUGACAAGAAAUUAGCGUGUUACUUCAAGUGCGUGAUGGAGAAAGGAGGAGUGCUGAAGAAAGAUGGCAAAAUUAACACCAAACUCAUGACCAAGAUGUUGCCGCAACAGGUCAAACACAUUGGACAAGAAAUGCUCAAUGAAUGCAAAACUAUAGAGGAUGCUAACAAUUGCGAAAUAGGCUUCAAUUUCAACAAAUGCAUGUACCAAGCAAAUCCCGUGGUAUGUAUAAAGGCGCACAAUGAAUAUUUUAGUAUAGAAAUACAAAAUAUUAGAUAAUAUAUAAUUUCAAUA